AUGCUUGACAAAUUUAGAAGUGACUAUAUAGUCCAUUUCUAUGGCGCUGUAUUCAUUCCAACGAAAUAUUCAAUGGUCACUGAAUUUGCACAAUUUGGAAGUUUACAGGACUUAAUAACAAAACAGACAAAUUUAAAUACCCCAUCUAUCCAAUUUAGAAGAAAAGUAUGUUUGGAUGCUAUAAGAGGAUUACAGUAUUUACACUUUAAUGACGUGUUACAUCGAGACAUUAAACCAGACAAUAUCCUGAUAUUUUCAAUGGAUCCAACGGAAAAAGUCAAUGGGAAGUUGACUGACUUUGGGAGUGCGAGAAACGUUAAUUUAUUAAUGACUAACAUGACAUUCACAAAAGGUAUUGGAACACCAAAAUAUAUGGCUCCUGAAGUGUUAAAUAGAGAGAAAUAUGAAAAGCCAUCUGAUAUAUUUUCAUUGUCAAUUACAAUGUACGAAACAUUUGGGUGGAAAUUGGCAUAUAUGAAAACUGACAAACGUUUUCAAUAUGCAUUGAAUAUAGCAGAUUUUGUUACUGAAGGAAAGCGUCUUGAAAAAUUAGAGGAUGUCGACAGUCGAAUUAAUAACAUCAUAAAUAGAGCUUGGGAUCAAAACAAAAAAGCUCGUUUGACUAUUGAGCAGGUUUUAAAAGAGUUAGAAAGUAUAUAA